AUGGCGGAUUUGAUUAACUUUAUUUCAAAGAGGGAAAUUGACGCGAAAAAAGAAGAAACUAGGAAAGCAAGAGAGCAAAUCCUCAAAAAGGUAAGCCUCCUCGGUGGUUGAUCAAUAAAAAUGCUUGAAAAAUCGAGUCAGUCACGUAGAAAUGCCUUCCACAGAAAAGCAUCAUGUAUAUCUUAUCGAGUGCUUCUAAAAGUGCUUUUAUUUGGCGCGUUAGACAACGGUUGAAGCAUAGUUAAACGUUGAUCUAUCUUUCGUUCAGGUAAAAGGAGACUAUGAGAGAGAGCAGUGGAAAAAACAGAAGCGCAUUGAGAGUGGAGAGACAUCGUGGAUGUUGCCAUCCUUAAGCAAUAGUUUGACAGUGGAGGACGACAGCCAUAAUGAUAAGGUAUUGUACGUAGUUGUUGUCUCACUAACUGUUUUGUUUUCCUUCAGAACACUCAUCAGAGUUCUUUAUUCUUAUUAGUAAAGUCCUUAAUACUUAUUAAUGAAGUGAGUAUUUAGCUGAAAGCUGAGGGAGGCUACUUACUACUAAUAUUAUUUUUAGGAACUACCCUCUUAAUGGGAUGUGUCGAUAGAUAGGGUCGCAUUUUCAUGGAUAAAUUGAGUACAAUGGGGUUGAAUUUUCAAUAGAGCUAUUAGAAUGUGGUCACACAUCUUCAGGACUUUAGAGAUAAGAAAAUUCUGGAAUUUUGUCACCGUUGGGAUUGCCAAAAUUACAUUAGCCAAAAAGUGACUAAGAUUGAUUGAGUCCAUCAUGAGGGCUUCAAAGAAUAGACUUUAAUUUGGGGUAGGGGUUCUGAGAAGCCAAUGGCAUAUACCUAGUAAAAAUUGAUCAACCCCCCCCCCCCGUCCCGCUAAGUCUAAAAGGCUUCAAAUUACAACUUACAACUUACCUGAAGGGUUGGAAGACUCACAUGGCCACGUUAAAAUUGGUUUGAGUCUUGCUUCUGAUUAGCUGAGAGAAUGGAGUAAGUUUUCUUGAAGAAUCACAGAGCAAAGUUAUUCAAUGGAAACAUACUCUUUAGGGUGAUCAAGAUAAUCUACAUGACUGUUCUAUUUUUGAAAGGAUAAAUCGAAAAAAAAGAAACACAGGAAAGAGAAGAAGCAAAAAAAGGACAAAAAGGAGAAGAAGGUAAGGAUCCCUCAAGCACAGGCUUGGUAUUCUAUAUUUGGCAAAGCACAGGUUACUUAACCUUUUAUAUAAAGGCUGCUUUAUUAAAAGUCUCAUCUCCAUGAUAUUGGGAUGAAACCCAUUUUAUAUUACAAUGAGUCCUGAGAGUCAGUAGGGUAGCAGAAUAGCACAUGGUCAGAGUGAACUUUUAUUUUCACUACUCAAUGAUCAGUAAAUCCUUUGACCCCCAAGAGUGACUGUAUUAAUUUCUCUUUACAAUAUCACCCCUGAAUCAAACAUUAAGGUCAUGAUCACCAACUAAAGAAACUCUUGGUUUCAAACAAAUACUCCUUGUCAGCAUUGUAGGAGUGUAUAGAGAACAGUAUGGAGAAUAUGCAUAGUGAUGUUAGAGUGUAAAGAGUUAAAAUAUAGCAUGUUCUGUUUCAUUAUAGCACAAGAAGCAGAAGAAAGAUACUAGUAAAGAAAACAUGUCCUCAGAUUCGGUAAGUGUCCAUCACAUGUUUUCUUUUUUCUUCCCUGGUGGAGAGCUGACCAUGUCACAUGCUCAUGUUCAAUACCAUUCCACUGCAUCCUGCUGUAAAGAAUAUUCUGCUCAUGUAAGGUUGUGCUCCCUCUCACCCAUUUCCUUUGCCGUCACCUCUAGGAGUUACAAUUAACUCCCAGAGGUGUGAACAUGUAACUUUUCCCUACAAUAUCCAUCCAUUAUCCAGCAAUCAGGGUAUGAGAAUACUCAAACUUAUCAGGUAGAAGUUGUGUUGAUCUAACAUCAAUUCCCAAAACUUAAUUACAAGGAAUUAUGUGGCAGCUAGAGGGGAGAAUUAACAAUUAGAUCUUGGGAGUUCAAGGGCUAAUGUCAAAUUGAUGAUGGAAAAAUGUUGAAAUUAUUCAGUGUCUGCCAGAAAAACUAUUUACCUAAACCAUUGACACAGGUCUGUAAAUAACACACCAGCACACCAUUGACAAAUUAAAAUGUUUUGUUCUUCAUUGUCUGGUAACUGUUUAUUAUUUGCAGGAGUCAGGAGAUGAGUGGGUGGAAAAAGAAACAACUGAUUCAGUUACAUUGUCAAAACCAGGUGAAGUUCAGGUAAGUACUUUAAAUUUAAUGUGAUUAUUUUGGAAUUAAUUCUGAGCUUAAGGACAAGUUAAUUUUGACUGAUUGUGGUGGGAGCUACAUUGAAAAGAAAAUGCCUUAUUUAAAUUUAGAAGUCGAAGGUUGAGUGAAGAACCCUGAUACAAGAAUAAAUGAUGCAAAACAAGAGAGAAAAAUGAAUAAAAAGGCUCUUGUUUGGUAAACAAAUUCUCCUUCUCAGCACCUCAGGAGAUGCAUAGAGAACAGUAUGGAGAAUAUGCAUACUGAUGUUAUAGUGUGAAGGGUGAAGGAGUAACCUGUAUUUUUGUUACAACAGGUAAUGCAACAGCAGCGUGACAGCUGGAUGCUGUGUCCACCAGUUACAUCAAGCUCUCAAGACCCAGUGCAUCAGGAGGAAGAAGAUAAUGAAAGCAAAGAUGAUGAGGAAACAAAAGCUCUGUCUUGCAUUGAUCGGGUAAGAUAAAGGAACAAUUUUUUAUUUUCAACUUAAUACUCCUAUUUACAUGAUAUAAUAUAUGUAAAAAGGGUAGAAGGCUAUUUUAUGGUGGGGAAUAGGUGAUGUAUUAAAAAGGUUUGGUGAAAAUGGUAACAAUGGAAUUUUUUUAAAAAAUGGUUUCAAACAUGGUGGAUUGACACUUACCUAUGUUCAAGAUACAUUACUGUUGUAAUAGUAAAAGCGAGAUAUUAUCUUCUGAACACUGAACUUUAUUACAUGAUAAUGAGCUAACAGGGUAACAUAUUAAAACUUGGGUGAAAGUGAAGGUGUAACUGACCAAAAAUGAAGAAAAACUGACCAAAAAACACUAACGAGGGGGAUGAAAAAAGAAAAGAAAAAAUGAAUUAAUAAGUAAAAUAAUUCCAAAACUAAUUAGACCGCGCUUAGAUCGUAUUACUGCAGUCCGUAAAAACGACUGAGGCCAAACUUAUUUGAUUUAAUUUAAACUGAAGCCAUUUGGAUCAUGUUGACAGUUAAGAAGUAGUGACUUGAUUUUAUUGGCACUCAUAGCCAGGACAGCAUGCUAAAGAAUUGAACCCAUACUGGAGAGAUGGAGGUACAGGCUUACCAUCUGAGAAGAAGAGUUCACAGGACACCCAUCACAAGGAAGGUAACAAAGCUUAGUUAACUCCUUACUAAUAAAACCCUUUCACUCCCACAAGUGACAAAAAAUUAAAUUUUUCCUCUCAAUAUCAAUACGUUUUCUAGCAGAAAGGCGACGAGAAGUGAAAAAAUUCUUAAUCAGGGGACAUUAUUUUCAGUCGCUUUGGUCGCAAUUAUAGAACAUAUGCACUCGCUGGAUUAGAAAGGAGCAGAUCUCGAUCGAUUAGCGUAAACCAAAACCGAAGUUGUCAUAGACUGCUUUUGAGUGAGUGUUAUAAAACCUAAACAAAGGUAACCACAACGGCCAAUUGGAGGAGAGGAAGAUACCUUUUAAGAGCCUAUGAAAACGUAACGUUAAGACAACCAAACUGCCAAAAGCGCGGGAAAACGCGUGACUGGUUUGAGUUUUGCAUCUGAUUGGUUGAUAGAGUGGAGUGAGUUUUCUGGACCAAUCACACAAGACGCAAAAACAAAGCAAACUUGGAUUACUUUGGACUUUCAAUCAAAAUGCGUUCUAUCUGCUAUACAGGAUAGUAAAGAUUAUCAUUAGGAGUCCAUCAAACUCAAAUUAAAAGCGAGCAAACUACCUCCAGCGUUGGAAAGCGCAAAUUACGAGUGGCAGUUGGCUUUAGUUCAGAAGCUAAGGAUGCGAUGAUGGGACAAUCGAUAGGAAGCAAAAUCAGUACUAUACUGGACCAAAACAAACACUCCUUUCAAAGCUUUCUCUCAUAUGUGAUGCAAUCCUAAAUUAGUUGCAGUGCAAAACUCUUUUGAAGUGUCCUUUACGUAGGUGAUCAUAACGAUACAAGAAAAGGCCUGUUAUUAUCCUCUCUUAGGGAAUACCGGACAUUCAUUUAGCAGUGCUUGGUUGAAGAGAGCUUAUCAAAGGGCCAAAGAUGAAGCUGAGGAAGAGGGCAAGAGUUUGGCUGAUAUUGUCGCUAAAAGAUAUGGGGUUAGUCUUUUUUUUGGUCAAUUUACAGGGUCUCAAGCUCAAAUUUUGUCCAAGUCGCAAUUUAGUGACGUCGUUUUAGUCCACAGAACAAAACUUGUGGAAAGUUGUCAGCAAAAGCCCCCUUGAGAAUUCGGAGACCAGUCAAUUUGUAAGCAGCUCAUUUGAUGUAGACCCAAAUUUUGCAAAUACCCCUUUUCCUGGCACUGAUGGGAAAUCCUUCUUUUUAUCUCCUUCAUAAUGUUAGUCUGUACAGAAACUGGAAGCUAUGAUCAAGGAGGCCGAGGAUAGGUAUUGCUUCUUUGUUUAUUUAAACCUUUUUUGUUCAUCUCUUUUGUAAUCAUUAAAAAAAAAAAAAAAAAAAUGGUUGGGCAAAGUUGUCUUCAUCAGAAGGUGUACAGUAUCGAUUGCAUGUCGUAAAACCAAACCAAAGAAACCGCAAUGGCCAAUCAGAACAAGAGAAAAUAUCACAAGUAACCACUGGGAACCCAUGUCAAAUGUACGACCUCCGAGCGCAGGAAAACCCACAUGAUCCAGUCGCGAUUAGUUUUAUUUCUUAUUGGGAUUGGUGGAGAGGAUGAUAAGUUAUUUUCUUGACCAAUCUCAGUGCGCAAAACUCCUCUUUAGAAAUAGUACUAACCGUGAUUGAAUUUAAGACGCUAAAGAGGCAGGGUAUCGAUGCGACGGUUCUGAUAUGAUUCUUUGUGAGAUAACCUAGAGAAGAAAAGCUUAGAGGAGAGGAAUCAAGGAAGAGGGACAGAGAGAGAUACAGAGGUGAUAGAGAAGGUAAAGACGAUCGACAUCGACAUCGUGACAGAGACAAAGAAUGGAGACGAAACCGGGACAGAAGUCCUAUGGACAGAUAUUCUCAGGACAAUGGAAAAACUUACAGGUCUACAAGGGAAGAAGAUGAAAAUAAAUGGAGAAGAAGACCGGGACAAGAGGAGACAGGACGCGAGCGACCUAGAGAUGAUACAAACAGAUUUGCACGUCCUGGCGACUUCGCCAGCGAUAACAGGUACUGAGUUCUGCUGCUGUGAUCUGUCACACAAAUUCUGAUAUGAGCGCAGUGGUGACAAAAUUCUGGCGAAGAGCCAAAGAGUUUCACUAUAAUUCCCUGGUCGUACGAGGGAAGCUGUCGCACGAACUUGUCAUAAAGCUGGUACAUAUUGAGCAGCUUGCCGCAGAGACUAGUUGUUGCAAAUUGUUCCUUAGAGUGACUGGCAUCUAAUUUCUCCUAAAAAUCACCCUUGUGUCAAACACGAAGGUGACGAGAAUAAAGAAAAUGAUUACUAAACAAGGAAGCUCUUGAUUGUCAAACAAAUUCUCCCUGUCAGCACCUCAGGAAGUCUGUAGAAAACAGUAUGGAGAAUAUGCAAGCUGAUGUUAGGAUGUGAAGGGUUAAAUGAGAAGUAUGUUCCAGAAAAUAUGCAAUUUCGAUCUUCGUCGUUUAAAAAUAUAGGAAAUAAAAUUCACUACUUUCCCGGUGUGCUAUUCUUAAGCGAAAAAUUUGCCUCAAAUGAGCAACUCAGUAAUAUGGACGAACACACAAAAGAAAUGUGCGCGGUUCCCUGGAAAUCGAAAAAAAUUAGAAAAGAUUGGCAUGUUUCGAAGAGAUUUCUAAGGGAUAGAGAAAGGAGGUGCGAGAUUUAGUUCUGACACAGAGAGAGAGAGAGAGAUAAGAGGUUGCCGAAUCAAAAGAAUCAGUAAGAAUCAAAAUGUGUCCACGCUGUAAAAUCUUAGGCACAUUUAAAGAUACUUUUUUGAAACGUUCGGCUGCUGUUUGGAAUCUUAAAACGUUGCCAGAGUCAUGGUUUCAUCUAUAAUUUUUAAUGGCGGAGACUAAAGUAAUGUAUGGUCUCUGGAGUAUAAAUCUCCCAGGAAAGUCGACAAUGAGGUUUUGAAUUGUCAUUCGUUCUCAAAAUUUUCACAGGUCAUCCUUCGUUGGUAAGUUUAAGCGUCCUGGCUCUUCGACAUCCACACCUCAGAGGUCUUCAACUUGGGACUUCGACUCGACCAAAAACACGAAUAAGGAAAGACACUUCUACGACAGACCGAGCUCCAGUUCCUCGGGCGGAUGGAGAAAGAAGGCAGAGAUUGGAACUGAGAAGGGGUCGUCCCCACCGGAAGUAAAGCGCACCGAGGAUAAGGAAUCAGUUCCGGAAGUGAAACUGGAACCAGAAACAGACAGCAGCUCGAGCUCUGAGGAAGAAGUCGAAGAGAAAAAAUCAGUUGUGAUUCCUGCAAAGAAAAUCACAGAAAAAGAUUUGAAUGACAUUGGGGCGAAGAUUGUUAAGGCGGAAAUCAUGGGAAACGAGGUGAGCGUUGAAAAUCUCAAUAUUUUGCCGGCUUCAAUACAUGAAAGUAGUUUCUUGAAGUGUAAGCUUUUUAUUAAUAAAGUAGCCGACUUAAACAACUUGACAGACUGUGCAAAGGGAAACGUGUUAAAUUAAGAGGUCAUUUCACGCAAGGCGAUCCGUUCUUGCGACACACUGUUGUUGGGUUAGCGCUGUAGUGACAAUUUAGCUUCGUGUGACGUGGAGAAUUUCUUUGUUUAUCUUUGUUCUCGCGUCCCCAACUUACUAAAAUUCAAACUGCUUUCACCUCGUGUCUGUUCGCAGCGAGAAAAUGAUUUGCAGCGACUUGGAAAUACACACUGAGGGCUUUGUUGCAUAGAUCUUUUCCAGCGACUUUCAACUCAAGAAAAUGCUCAAUUAAUGCUGUCGUUUCAAAUUUGCUGACAUUUUUAGCUGCUUGGUUAGUUUUGCUUUUAAUAGAUGGACAUCUUCCGAAAAUUCCGCAGGAUUUAGCGACUAAGUUGAAGGCCCAGCUGGAAGAAAUGAGAAAAAACAAGAAGCUUCAAGAAGCGCAAGUGGGAGAAAGCAGUACAACGGAGGAGCAGAUGGUUUUAUUAACACGAACCGAUGCGACAGGAAACGUGUGGCCGGUGGAAAUGACAGCUGAGGAAACGAGGGGAGGACGAAAGAAGCGACGAAAGGUAAAAACAUUCGGGGGAACUGCUAGCUUAAAAUUUUUGUUACACUUUCAUUUGUUGAAACAUACGGAUGCCACUUUACAAUUUUUCUUUAUCUACCUUUCGUUGCCGUUCCUUAGUCAAUAGUGUAGACGAGAUAUCUUCAAUGAACGUGUAUGAGACUUUACAAUAUUUUUAAGGUUUUUUGAUCCCUGAGGUUGUCAUGUUAUGGUGUUUCGAGAAUUCUACUGAUUUUGAAUGAGCUCCACAGCCCUUUUACUCCUAAGAUCUGAAUAUGAGUUCUCUGUACUGUCUACCAUACAUUUCUUUUAACUGUAGCUCUGAGAAUUCAGUGUGAAAUCAAACAAUAUUCCUUUCUUGACAUUUUCCUUUAUUCCCAUCACCUCUCUGUUUGAAAAAGAGGUUUCAUCGCGAGGAGAAAUUUCUCAUUCUAGGAAGUCAAAGGUUUAUAGAGUUUUUCUGUCGCCCAUCGUGGAGUUGUUCACACUCGCAGUUGUUUGAGAGCUUGAUUUAAAACAAAACCUGCCAACCGAAAAAGGUCUUUUGACCGAAGAGCUCUUUGGUAUGUAUCUAUCAUUGUUCUUACACAACGUAGGUAGCCACACAUGGUAAGGAAGGCAAAAGAGAGAGGUACUUCGCAGAUGACGACAAUUAUGAUCUGAAGGAAAUGGUGAGAAGAGAGAAAACGAACUCUGGACGAAAUGAUCCCAUGAUGGCAAAAAUGUUCAAGGUAAUCAAAGGCACGCAAUGCGUGCAUAUUGUUUCGAGGCUUAAAACUCUAACAAAAGCAAUUAUAUCUAUGCAGUGCGCACAGAUCACAGUGGUCCGUGCUUGCCUAGGUUAAGAAUGCCGAGACGGUAUAGUCGUUUGUGAGCCAAGAAGGGCAACCGAUUUCACAGGUAUACAUACAAAAUACAUUUAUCGCUCAUAUAAGUAGCCUACUAUCGCUAACUAUUUCCGUUUGUCACUUUUCUCCACGCGAUUGAAAAGUGACAAUCGGAGAUUCAUCUGCGUUCUUAGACUACAGCUUUAAGUUUAGAGCGCGUAGCACACGUUUUCUCAGCUCAAAAGUAGCCCACCCCUAGUAGGAAAAACAUGGUAUACCUGAGCAUAUUUUAUGACGGGGAAAUGAAAAAAAAAAGGCUGUAAAGAAGACGAGUAAGAAAUUGUUGAGUGUAUUUUUUCAUCACUUUGUUAUAAACUUUUUCAGAGAGCGAAAUGUGGCCUUAAGUUGGCUUCAUUCCAUACGACGUUCUUUUCGGAAGCUGAGUUUCAGAUACUAGGAAUCAAGUUUAGUUGAAAGAUAGUUAACACAUCCCCUCGGCAUAGUUGGGUUCAGAGCCUUUGAUAAAAGUUGGAGGGUAUAUUUAUACAACUGAUCAUAAACGAAUGUCUCUCCAUGCAGGCAAGCACAAAAUUCUCAGACGACUUCGACAUAGACGACCAUUUUGUGUCAUCUGCUGCCCAAGAGAGAUCUGCAGCCGAAAUUGAACAACGGGAGAAGCAGAGAGCUAUUAAAGGUGAGUAAAGCUCUUAAUUAGCACAACCCGACAGAAUAUACCGUCCAUAUUGUAGCAAAAACGUGACCCUUUCUCUUGUUCCAGAGCAAGUAUUUAAGAACCCCAGAUGGCGAAUUUAAGUGAUAAAAUUCGGUUGUUUUGAAACUUAACUGGAUAACAGAAUACUUAUUAUAGUCAUUUAAAAAAAAAAGGUUAAGUCUGUACUGGAGCCAAGUGGCCCUGCCAACCGGAGCUUGUCCCAGUUUCCUUCGCUUGAAACGACAAGGAGUAUCACUACUCCUCCCCCUCCCCCCCCAUGGGAUGCCAGUCCAUCACGAGGUUACCCCCCAGCAGAUGACAAUUCACCGGAUUCUCCUGGGUGGAGAGAGGCAUGGUGAGAGUAAAGUGUUUUUCCCAAAAACACAACUCAGUGACCCAGCCUGGUCUUGAACCCAGACCUCUCGACCCGCAGACCAGCGCAAUGUUCAUCAGCUCACCGUGUCUCCCAUUUAUGAUGAAAAUGAAUUCGAUGUGUUUUGCUGUUUAUCAUUUCAUCCAGAACAUAGACAGUUGGCUGCUCAACUCGCACGAUGUCGCUUCUGUUUUGAGAACCCUGACAUCGCCAAACAUCUCAUUAUUGCCAUAGGACUUAAGGUAGGGUGAGCUGUGUGUUAUUUUAGGCUUAACCCUGUACACCCAACAUCAGUAUCCAUAUUCUCUUUACUCUUCUAUAUACAUUUCCUUUAUUACUACCAAGGAGAAUUGGGUUAAUAAUCAGAGCUUCUUAGGUGGGUGAUCGUUUUCUUUAUUCUCAUGAUCGUAAUGAAUGACUCAGCAGUAUUACUGUGAGGAGAAAGUAGGUGCUGGUCACUCUUAGGGUUCAAAGAGUUAAGGUAGGGUGUAAUGUGCCUGUGCAGGUUAGCAGUAAGUAGCUACUGUGGGAAAUGUUUUAGAAUCAGAGAAAAUCCUUGAUAUUUUAUGAUGGGCCAAAACAAAAUGGAUAACUGUGAAGGAACCGACCUGGAGUCCAUCGUGCGAACUGUUAGUCCACCUCGCCUACCGCUUAAGGGAUUGUUAAGAAUCUUACUUCUCUUUAUGUAGGCUCGAUUUCCGUCGUUUUCUUGAGUCCGGUCUUUGAUCCCCCUCCCCCCGUGACUUUGGGGGGGGGGGUUAGCGCUAGCUCAUUUCUCGAACAGCGGUCAGUAAUCGAGUCUACUCUUCAUGAUGUCUACAAGAAAGUGUGUAUUUUUCUAGGUUUACCUGGCGCUUCCUCUGCACGAGUCUCUCACAGAAGGUCAUUGUCUCAUCAUUCCAAUGCAACACUGUUCUGCGGCUACUAUGCUGGACGAAGACGUUUGGAGUGAAAUUCAGGUUUGGUUUUGAAACGAUCGAAUUUAUUGGGAUAUUUAGAAUUUUUAAACUUUUCCGAGAUGAGAAUUAUCGGUUUCUUUUUGGUAUUCAACGCUUUUUGCUAUCUCCACACAGAUUUACAAAAAAGGCCUCACGAGAAUGUUUGAAGAAAAGGUAAGAAAAUGUUAAGCUAUCCACACUGUAACUAAGCCUUGAACUCCCGAGAUCUCGAUAUCAAUUCUCCUUUCUGUCUUCUAUACAUUUCCUAUCACUUAAACGUUAAGAAUUUGAUUCUAAAUCAAACAAUUUCCUAUUGUAGAUAAAUUUAUUUCUUCUCAUCACCUUUUUGGUUCACACUGUGUUGAUGCUGUAAGGAGAAAUUGCUUGUCGGUCACUGUUGAGAAGGAAGGGGUCAAACCCAGAUAAGGAGAAUGCAACUGCUUCUAGUGAUCUUUGACAUUUUUCAAUCAAUUGGAAAGCUAUCGAUUUAGCCUUCUGAACGAAAGUUUUCAGGACAAAAAAAUCUGCGGCAAGGGCAAAGGAAAAGUAUUCUCGACUUCCGGCAGCCUGUACGUCGUGAAAACGCUGUGCCCAAACUCCCUGAUUAUCACUGAUUACAGAAGAAAUGUUUUAUUCUCCUCAGUUGUGUGCCUGACUUUGAGUUGGGAGAAGUUGAAUAGUCAAUCUUAUUUUACACAGGAGGAGGACGUGGUUUUUAUAGAAACCCACAAACAGUUGCGGAAACAGCAUCACAUGAUUAUCGAAUGCAUUCCUCUCCCCAAAGAAGUUGGAGAUAUGUCUCCCGUUUAUUUUAAGGUGGGACCCUAAGCGUAAUGAUUAAAAGAACCUGUCCUAUUCUACAAAGCACUUUCGACUGCGCUUUAGAAAUCAUUCGCAAAAUUUCUCAUUUUUCAAAAAUUGAUCUUCAAUGUUUAAAAAUAACUUUAAAGUUUAAAUACCAACAUGGAAUCGAGGAAUCUAAGAGAGCAAGCGUAUUUCUUUGAAGCUCGAACCGUUUUGAAACUGCAACAAGCGAAGGAAGUAGUCAUGGCUCUCCAUGGACAUGGCUCCAAUGCUAUAGCAAAUUGGCUAGUGGACUCCAGAAACUGGCCCACUUUUGCAUGUCCAAUGUUUGACCGCUGUGCCAUGCUUCUCUUCGUGAUUUACCUCACGGUUAUGAACGCGGAGUCGCUUUGAAAACCAGCCGCUCCGGGAAGUGAGAGAGUCUUAGCACAUAAUUGCUGCAAAUAGAUUGCGUGUGUGUUAGGUUCACGUCGUUAACCUCUAAUAAAUCUCAUUUGUUUUCCUUCAAACAGAAAGCCAUAUUGGAAUCGGACACAGAGUGGGCACAAAACGUGAAAUUGGUGGACACAAGGAAGAAAGGACUACGUGUAUCAAUUCCUAAGGGUCUUCCAUAUUUCAGCGUCGAGUUCGGACUGGAUGGGGGAUUUGCACAUGUCAUCGAGGAUGAAGCGUUGUUUCCUUUAUAUUUCGGCAAAGAAAUUAUCGGGGGUAUGCUCGACCUUGAGCCGCAGAGAUGGAGAAAUCCGCGGCGUGAGAACUUUGAGCAUCAUAAGAGAAAGGUGCUGCAAUUUGCAGACUGGUGGAAACCUUACGACUGGACACGAAAGAUAGAAAGAGAUUGA